AUGUACCCGGAUCCUGAUAGUGAUCAACCCCUGAACGGCCUUGAUGUUACCCCUCUGCGCAAACCCCGCACUUCCCUGGAGACCUUCAAAAAAGUGAGGAUCCCCAUCAUCGCAGCACUGCUGAGCCUGGCAAUCAUCAUCAUCGCAGCUGUCCUCAUCAAGGCCAUCCUGGACAACUACUACUUCCUCUGUGGGAAGCCCUUCUACUUCAUCCCCAGGAGGCAGGUGUGUGACGGCCAGCAAGACUGUGCCUCAGGGGAAGAUGAGCAGUACUGCGUCAAGAACUUCCCUGACGAAGGGCCUCCAGUGGCAGUCCGCCUCUCCAGAGACCGAUCCACCCUUCAGGUGCUGGACCCAGCCACAAGGAACUGGGCCUCUGUCUGUUUCAACAACUUCACAGAAGCUCUGGCCCAGACAGCCUGUGGACAGAUGGGCUUUGACAGAGCUGUAAAGAUUGGCCCAGACCAAGAUCUAGAUGUUGUUGAAAUCACAGCAAACAGCCAGGAGCUUCAGGUGCAAAAUUCAAGUGGACCCUGUCUCUCAGGCUCCCUGGUUUCCCUGCACUGCCUUGCCUGUGGGAAGAGCCUGAAGGCCCCUCGGGUGGUGGGAGGGGAGAAGGCCUCUGUGGAUUCUUGGCCUUGGCAGGUCAGCAUCCAGUACAAUAAACAACACAUCUGUGGAGGGAGCAUCCUGGACCCUCACUGGAUCCUCACAGCAGCCCACUGUUUCAGGAAACAUCUUGAUGUGUCUAACUGGAAGGUGAGGGCUGGCUCAGAUAAAAUGGGCAACUUUCCAUCCCUGCCUGUGACCAAGAUCUUUGUCACUGAGCUCAACACCACAUAUCCCAAAGAGAAAGACAUUGCUCUUGUGAAGCUUCAGUACCCACUCACAUUCUCAGACACAGUCAGACCCAUCUGCCUGCCCUUCCCUGAUGAGGAGCUCACCCCAGCCACCCCAGUGUGGGUCAUCGGAUGGGGCUUUACAGAGCAGGGCGGAGGGAAGAUGUCUGAUGUACUACUUCAGGCAUCAAUCCAGGUCAUUGACAGGACUCGAUGCAAUGCAGAGGAUGCAUACCAGGGGGAAGUUACAAAGGAGAUGCUGUGUGCAGGCAUCCUGGAAGGCGGCACGGACACCUGCCAGGGUGACAGCGGUGGGCCCCUGAUGUAUCACUCUGACCUGUGGCAAGUUGUGGGCAUCGUGAGCUGGGGCCAUGGCUGUGGGGGCCCAAGCACCCCAGGAGUAUACACCAAAGUCACAGCCUAUCUCAACUGGAUCUACAGUGUCCGGAAGUCUGAGCCAUGAUGCCGCUGCCCCUCCACAGUGCUGGAAACUUCUUCCCCCC